CCUUAUUUUUAAAAAAUUAAAUUCCUAAACUUAUUCUGCAUCGAUUUGCUCAGCUACCCCAAGCCCCCACACGAUCAAAAUUGUCCAUGUGGCCGCACAUGCUUCCUUCUUCAUUUUCCUCUCCUCAAUUAUCCCCCACCUAGCAGCAGCCAGCCAUGCCCAUGAACCUUCCUCUUCCCUCUUCCCCUCUCUCGUUCUCUCUCAAGUAUCAAGUCCUCAAUCAUCCUCCACUUAGCCGUUGACAUUUCAAUGACUCCGCCGCCGCCGCCGCUUCCCAAACCAUCACCAGCAGCUUCUCGGACCACAACAGCCACGCCAGCCGUGCUGUUCUUUUCCCUCGUCGUAUUCGCUGUCUCCGUUGUCAUCGUGAUCGUCGCUGCUGCUGCUGCAGCUGCCUACUCCCCGAAUGUACAAAGCUCCCUCGUCCUCGCCGCCGGCUUCAUCUUCGCCUCCUUGGUUGUCGUCGUCGCCAGCAGGGCCGUCAUGGUCACUUGGAUCACCGUGCUGGUGCUGCUCGCCUUCGCCGGGAAGCGCCGCCGGGUUCUCGUUCAGCACGGCCAGAAGAUCACCACCGACAUCGUCGUCAACCUGUUUAGAUGCGCCGCCUAGUCCAGAAGCCGAUCCUCCUCCUUCCUCCAUAAUUUUGUGCGGGCAGAGGGAUUGACUUCGUUUAUGUGGUCUUGUGCAAAAGGGAAUACUUUUCCCCUGUUUUUUUUUUUUCCCCCCUUUUCAUCUGUGUAUUCUGUAAAUGUAACUGUUAAACCUCACCAAUAGGAAAGAACACCUGGAUAUGCUCUGAGUCUGAGGCAAGAUCGUCACUGGGGAAGAGAAUGUUUGAAAUCCAUCUUUGCGUAAUGUUUGCUAAUGGUGGAAACUAAAUUUGUACACUUCAG